AUGACACCGUCACCUUUGAAAUACAGCGUUGGAAUCAUGCUUGCACCCCAUGGGUUACAGGACCUCAUAACCACCUACCAUGAACUCAACCCAGACACCAUCGACGAGCUGGUCGAAGAGCCGAGCCCACUAGAGUUCAUGCGCUAUGUCGCGCGCAACCGACCCUUUGUGAUCCGCCGCGGCGCACAGGACUGGCCUGCAUGCAAGAAAUGGAACGCUCAAUACCUGCGCGCCGCCAUGGGUGAGCAGGAAGUAAACGUAUCCUGUACACCACACGGCAACGCAGACGCCCCUCUCCACGACCCAUCCUCCUCAGAUGAUCCCCUCUUCGUCAAACCCCACGAAUACAUCUCGCCCUUCUCGCGCGCAAUCGCGGACAUAACCGCACAAUCGCACGCUCCCCAGUCCGCCUCAUCCUCCACACAUUUGACCCGCUACCUACAAACGCAGAACAACAACCUCCCCAACGAAUAUGCGGCGCUAGCACCCGACAUUCCAGCCUCAAUCCCAUUCGCGCACAUCGCCCUCUCCAACCCGCCCGACGCGGUCAAUUUCUGGCUCGGCAACGCACACAGCGUGACGGCGCUGCACAAGGACAACUACGAGAACAUAUACGUCCAGGUCGUGGGUACAAAGUCGUUUGUGCUGCUGCCGCCUGUUGAUGCGCCGUGUGUGAAUGAGCGUGAUUUGCCUGCUGCUACGUAUACACCGUCUCCAGGAGCACCGUCAGAAACCCCCACUGCCCUCACACCCACCCUCGAUAGCCCACCAUCGACAGUCCCAACAGCAACGUGGGACCCAGACACACCGACAGAGUACACAACACGCUUCUCGCACCUUGCACGGCCGAUGCGCGUGCGACUUGCGCCCGGGGACAUACUAUAUCUGCCCGCGCUGUGGUACCAUAAAGUCAGCCAGGAGUGUUCGGGUGAAGGGAUCUGUGUGGCGGUAAAUUACUGGUAUGAUAUGGAGUUUGCGGGUGGGUUUUGGAGUAUGUGUGGAUUUGUGCGUGGAUUCGUGAAGUCUUUAGGAUGA